UUAAUCCGACGGGGAUUGGUUUGUCAACCUAGUGGAGAAACAGGCACAGGGAGAGGUGACGAACUUCACAGUCCGAACUGUGCAAACCUUGAAUUUAGGCGCUGUAAAUGGACAGACACGACCAUCACAAGAAUAAUAUAGAAGUUGUGUAACGCGGAUGAUAAAGUUUAGGAGUGAGGUUUUGGGGGAGACCCAGAAGUUGACGGGGCAGUCCACCGAGGGCUCAACAUGGAUGUCCGGGGAGCAACGGUGCGGCACUGAAGAGGAAUUAAGGCCGAUUGUAGGUUAUUUCUGGUUGUGACUUUAUCUGCUGGAUCUGAGAAGGAUUUUAAAGCAGCAGCCUAUUUAUAAGGUUUAAACUGGUUAAUCUGCGAAUUGUUGCGGCAGACGAUUAGCAAAGAUGUUGAGGCUGUGGAGGCGAGACGUACCGCUGUCAGAAAGGCUGGGGGAGGAUUCGCCUCUGGCUGCAGCACUUGGCCCCCCACCCACGACAGCCCCAACAGGCCCCAACAUUUCAUGGCUCCCUGAAGCCCCAUUGCUGAGCCCGGACCAGCCCAUCUUCCUCAUGACUCCUGCAGCGCAGGCUGUGUCUGGCUUUUUUGUGUGGACCGCACUCAUCCUCACCUGUCACCAGAUCUACAUGCACCUACGUUUCUACAGCUCACCCAGGGAGCAGCGCCACAUUGUGAGGAUCCUCUUCAUUGUUCCUAUCUACGCCUUUGACUCGUGGCUCAGCCUCCUCUUCUUCACUAACGACCAGUACUACGUGUACUUUGGCACCGUCAGGGAUUGCUAUGAGGCAUUUGUGAUUUACAACUUCCUGAGUCUGUGCUAUGAAUAUCUGGGAGGAGAGUGUGCUAUCAUGGCUGAGAUCAGAGGAAAACCCAUCGAGUCUAGCUGUAUGUAUGGCACCUGCUGUCUGAGGAGGAAGGCCUACUCCAUCGGCUUCCUGCGCUUCUGCAAGCAGGCCACUCUGCAGUUCUGUGUGGUCAAACCGCUCAUGGCCGUCAUCACCGUCAUCCUGCAGGCUUAUGGCAAAUACAAAGAUGGAGACUUCAAUGUUGCCAGUGGUUACUUAUAUGUCACCAUCAUCUACAACAUCUCCGUCAGCUUGUCUCUGUAUGCCCUCUUCCUCUUUUAUUUUGCCACGAGGGAGCUGCUCAUUCCUUACAGCCCCAUGCUCAAGUUCUUCAUGGUCAAGUCCGUCAUCUUCCUCUCCUUCUGGCAGGGCAUGUUGCUGGCCAUCCUGGAGAAAUGCGGGGCCAUCCCUCAGAUUAACUCAGUGGAAGUGUCUGUGGGCGAGGGCACGGUGGCCGCAGGCUACCAGGACUUUAUCAUUUGCAUCGAGAUGUUUUUUGCAGCCCUAGGUCUGCGCCACGCUUUCACAUACAACGUCUACAUGGAUAAAAGUCUCGAUUCACGAGGACCUGCUCCUACAUACGGAGAGUUUGGUCGCUGUGCCCCUAUGAAAAGCAUCUCCAGCAGCCUGAAGGAGACCAUGAACCCGGGCGACAUGGUCCAGGAUGCCAUCCACAACUUCUCCCCAGCCUAUCAGCAGUACACCCAGCAGUCCACACUGGAGCAGGGGGCGCCAACGCCCGUCUCCCGCAUGCACAGUACCGUCAGCGCCCGAGGCGACACAGAGAAGACCCUCCUGCUCAGCUCCGACGAUGAGUUCUAGAGUGAAAAAUAUGACAAACAGGUGCUUCUCUUACUGCAGCGGAGUCUUAUUCAGGAUGAUGUUUUAAUGGUGGGUGGUACUAAAUCCUCCAGUGCAGCUGGUCCUCUUUAAUGUGUGAAUGAUUAGACAGUCGUGUUUUUGUCUUCCCUGUGUUUUGAGACAGGCAGUAUGGCAAAUGUGUGGACCUUCUUUCAUGAACACGUCACACCCACCUUUCCCAAGCAUCUUGUGUGGUGGGAACAUUCUAAGAUGAUUUGGUGUUAAAGUCUUGGCCAGAAAAUAAAGAGGACUUGGGUUUUUUUUUUUUUUGAAAGUUUGUGAGUCAAGCUUUUACAUACUGAGUCGUACUUGACUUUAGAACGAACGUCUUCAGGCUUGGACAGAAGCUUAAUUUCACAUUUCAGUUCAGUCGUGUUUCCUUAAAUGGCAUUGUAGUCAACCCGAUGGACGUUACUGUUUUAACUGUUGUAAAGGCCCUGUUGUUUUUAGAUGGUCAUUAACUGUUUAACAAGGAUUCCCCCGUCAUGAAAAUCCUUUGUUUUCAAUGUCUGGAGAUGGAUAACAUCAUUAAAGUUUUAUAUGUUGUGAACUUUAAA